AUGCUGGGCUCCUCCGCGGCGUGCUUUCUGCUCAGGUGGCUCACCGGCGGGCUAGCCACCCCGCUGCACGCGCUGGCGGAGGGCGUGGGCCCCGUGCAGGGCGUGGUGGCGGAGACCGUCUUCACCUUCAGCCUCCUCUUCGUCGUCUACGCCACCAUCCUCGACCCGCGGAAGCUGCACCCGGGCGCCGGCCCGCUGCUCACCGGCCUCCUCGUCGGGGCCAACUCCGUCGCCGGUGCCGUCCUGUCCGGCGCGCCCAUGAACCGGGCCAGGUCGUUCGGGCCCGCCGUCGCCACGGGGGUGUACUGGGUCGGCCCGCUCGCUGUGCUCAAGUACGAGUGCUGCUUCAUGGCGGCCGCUCGCACGCACGACCUGCUGCCCCAGGACGACGACCCAUGA